AGGGCGCGCGGCGGUUGCUCUGGUUACUGCGGAAGCGCCGAGCUGGGAAGGGCCGCCGCCGCCCGCGUGGGAUGCUGGUGAGGAGGCCGUCGGGCGCUGCCGCCGCCUGCGGGAGGCUCUCGGGGGGCCCGCCGACCACCGCUGAGGAGGCGAAGUCGCGGCGCGGCCAGGUCGGGGGUCGGCGGCCCGGGACCUGCUGAGGAGAAGCCCCGGGGUAGUGACUGCGCGGCCCUGUCCCCGAGGCCGGCCUCUGGCGGAGAAGGCCGCCGAUCGGAUCGCUGUCGCCGAGGGGCGAGGCCGUAGUUUCUCUCUGAUUUCCGGCUACCCGUCUUCCCCCAGCAGGCACCUGCCGCCGCGGAGAGCGAGCCUCACAGCGCGCCGAGCCUGCACCAGCACCGCCAGCAUCCGCCGCCGCGAGCCCCGCGGGAACCCCGUGGAAAGGAGGGCUUCAUACCGGAGGACUGGGGCAGGCGGUUUUUAAUACACGUUUCCAAGUCUCCUACAGCUGUCACUCUUUUAUAACAACUUUAUACGAUUUUUUUAAAAAAAGAUUGGUCUGAUUUGACUUCUCAUCCUGUGACCGUAGUUACUGGACUUUGGCCGGUGCCCUGUGCUCCUUUUAGGACCGGAUUUGGAGAGAGAAGACACCAGGACCCUACCAGGAGGGGGCUAAAAAAGAAUCUCCACUUUGGUGCCACCGAAGAAGCCUUUGAACCAUGUGGACUUUUCUAGGCAUUGCCACCUUCACCUAUUUUUAUAAGAAAUGCGGGGACUUUGUCACUUUGGCCAACAAGGAGCUCCUGUUGUGCGUGCUGGUGUUCCUGUCGCUGGGCCUGGUGCUCUCCUACCGCUGCCGCCACCGCAGCGGGGGGCUCGUUGGACGCCGGCAGAGCAGCUCCCAGUUCGCGGUCUUCUCGAAUAUUCUCUCCGCUUUGCCUCUUAUUGGCUUCUUCUGGGCCAAGUCUCCUCCUGGCUCAGAGAAGAAAGAGCAGCUGGAGUCCAGGAGGCACAGAAAAGGAACCAGUAUUUCUGAAACAACCUUAAUAGGAGCAGCUACCUCUACAUCCACAUCUUGUCAGAAUGAUCCAGAAGUUAUUAUUGUGGGAUCUGGUAUACUUGGCUCUGCAUUGGCAGCAGUGCUCUCCAGAGAUGGAAGAAAGGUGACAGUAAUUGAGAGAGAUUUAAAAGAGCCUGACAGAAUAGUUGGAGAAUUUCUGCAGCCAGGUGGUUAUCAUGUUCUCAAAGAACUUGGUCUCGGAGAUACGGUGGAGGGUCUUGAUGCGCAGGUUGUACAUGGCUACAUAAUUCAUGAUCAGGAAAGCAAAUCGGAGGUUCAGAUUCCUUACCCUCUGUCAGAAAAUAGUCAAGUGCAGAGUGGAAGAGCUUUCCAUCAUGGAAGAUUUAUCAUGAGUCUCCGGAAAGCAGCUAUGGCAGAGCCCAACACAAAAUUUAUUGAAGGCAUUGUGCUACAGUUAUUAGAGGAAGAUGACGUUGUGAUGGGCGUUCAGUACAAGGAUAAAGAGACUGGAGAUAUCAAGGAACUCCAUGCUCCACUGACAGUUGUUGCAGAUGGGCUUUUCUCCAAGUUCAGGAAAAACCUGGUCUCCAAUAAAGUUUCUGUUUCAUCUCAUUUUGUUGGCUUUCUUAUGCAGAAUGCACCACAAUUUAAAGCAAAUCAUGCAGAACUUAUUUUAGUUAAUCCGAGUCCAGUUCUCAUCUACCAGAUUUCAUCUACUGAAACUAGAGUGCUUGUUGACGUUCGAGGAGAAAUACCAAGGAACUUAAGAGAAUACAUGACUGAAAAAGUUUACCCACAAAUACCUGAUCACCUGAAAGAAUCAUUCCUGGAAGCCAUUCAGAAUUCUCGUUUGAGGUCUAUGCCAGCAAGCUUCCUUCCUCCUUCACCAGUAAACAAACGAGGUGUGCUUCUUUUGGGAGAUGCCUAUAACAUGAGGCAUCCUCUCACGGGCGGAGGAAUGACUGUUGCUUUUAAAGAUAUAAAAAUAUGGAGAAAACUGCUCAAGGGUAUCCCUGACCUUUAUGAUGAUGCAGCUGUUUUCCAGGCCAAAAAGUCAUUUUAUUGGACAAGAAAAAGGUCUCAUUCCUUUGUUGUGAAUGUCCUUGCUCAGGCACUUUAUGAAUUAUUUUCUGCCACAGAUGAUUCCCUUCAUCAGCUAAGAAAAGCCUGUUUUCUUUACUUCAAACUUGGUGGAGAAUGUGUUGCCGGUCCUGUUGGGCUGCUUUCUGUAUUGUCUCCUAACCCUCUAGUUUUAAUUGGACACUUUUUUGCUGUUGCAUUGUAUGCCACAUAUUGUUGCUUUAAAUCAGAACCUUGGAUUACAAAACCUCGAGCCUUUCUCAGUAGUGGUGCUGUACUGUACAAAGCGUGUGCUGUAAUAUUUCCUCUAAUUUACUCAGAAAUGAAGUAUUUGGCUCAUUAAGCUGAAAAGGGAACCAUCUGGAACUCAACAAGUCCUAAGAGACUUCUGGAAGAGGAUGCACAGAGCAUGGUACUCUACCACUUCUCAGGUGGAAACUCUGGGACCAAGUUUGAGAUCAGUUUUUUUUUUUUUUUAAGUUUUUUUGUAUAUAAGCAUGUACAUAUAUGCCUAAAUUUGCAAUUUUAAAUGAAGGGUCAAAUAAGUUAGAUAUUUAAAAGAAAUGAUUGUUACCAUAAAUUAGUGCUAACAGAAGAACUGCAGUUUUUCUUUGGAUUUCAGUAUUUGGGAUGUGUCAUUGGUACAUACAAAUAAAAGAGUGACCUCUCGUGACUUUGUUUCUUG